UGACCUAUUCCGGCUUUGAGUGAAGUAAUAAACUGCGGCAGGUCCCCUGACUGGGUGGAAAUGACUAGAAGGCACAAGACCGUGUGCGGCUCACGGGCAUGAAGAGACACGGGAACGGGAAGCUGUAUGAUGCGUACGUCUUGUACCCCAAGCCUCCACGCGACUGCCGGAGCUCUGAUGUGGACACGCUGGUUCUGAGGGCUCUGCCCGAGGUGCUGGAGAGGCAGUGUGGAUAUAAGCUAUUUAUAUUUGGCAGGGAUGAGUUUCCUGGACAAGCUGUGGCCAAUGUCAUCGAUGAGAACAUUAAGCUGUGCAGGCGACUGAUCAUCAUCUUAGUUCCUGAACCGCUGGGCUUUGACCUAUUAAAGAACAUGUCAGAAGAACAAAUUGCAAUCUACAACGCUCUCAUCCAGGAUGGGAUGAAGGUCAUUCUGAUUGAGGUGGAGAAAGUCGAGAGCUAUGCAUCCAUGCCAGAGUCGAUCCAGUAUCUCAGACAGAAGCACGGGUCCGUCCAGUGGAGCAGGGACUUCACAGCGCAGUCACCGUGUGCGAAGGCCAGGUUCUGGAAAAAAGUGAGGUACCUCAUGCCACCCAGAAGGUUUCCGCCACCUUCUCCGACCCGCUGCUGAAGCUCGUGCCCUGUGACCUCACAGCUGCAGCAGCUGGCAGGCGGGAGGCCACCUGGAGGUCUUUACCCCACGAUGGAGAGUUCGCCCUCGGAAGCGGCUCACAGUUGGACAAGGUGCACUGCAUUCAGGCCACCUGCUUGGAGUCUGUGAGAGAGAGACUGCGUUUAUUUUUGUGUUUUGUUUUUGUUUUAAGAAUAUGUUUUUAUUGACUUCAGAGAGGAAGGGAGAAAGAGAGAUAGAAACAUCAAUGGUGAAAGAGAAUCAUUGAUCGGCUGCCCCCUGCAUGUCCCACACUGGGGAUCUAGUCUGCAACCUGGGCACAUGUCCUGACGAGGAAUCGAUCUGUCAUUUCCUGGUUCAUAGGUUGAUGCUCAACCACUGAGCCACACCAGUUGGGCGAGAGGGACUGUGUUUGUUUGCUUAUUUUGGUCAGAGAUGCUUCUUUUUUAAAAAUAUAUUUUAUUGAUUUUUU